UCUAAAAAGGUAAAUAAGGAAAUCUGUGCCAUCCUUCAAGACGUAUUCAGAAUGGACGAUAAAACGUUUACAAAAGAAUUAGACCAAUGGGUAGAACAGCUCAACGAGUGCAAGCAGCUCACCGAGAACCAAGUGAGGACGCUGUGCGAAAAGGCUAAAGAGAUCCUGACUAAGGAGUCCAACGUGCAGGAAGUGCGCUGCCCUGUCACAGUUUGUGGCGAUGUGCACGGCCAAUUCCACGACCUCAUGGAGCUGUUUAGAAUCGGAGGGAAGUCUCCUGACACAAACUACCUGUUUAUGGGUGACUAUGUAGACAGAGGCUACUACUCAGUGGAAACAGUCACUCUGCUUGUUGCGCUAAAGGUCCGUUUCCCAGAGCGCAUCACGAUACUGCGUGGGAACCACGAGAGCAGACAGAUUACACAGGUGUAUGGCUUCUAUGAUGAGUGCCUGAGGAAAUACGGCAACGCAAACGUUUGGAAAUACUUCACAGACCUCUUUGAUUAUCUACCCCUAACAGCCCUGGUUGAUGGACAGAUCUUCUGUCUGCAUGGUGGUUUGUCUCCAUCUAUAGACACACUGGAUCACAUUCGAGCUCUAGAUCGUCUUCAGGAGGUGCCACACGAGGGGCCGAUGUGUGACUUGCUCUGGUCAGAUCCUGAUGACCGUGGUGGCUGGGGAAUCUCUCCCAGAGGUGCUGGAUACACUUUUGGACAGGACAUCUCCGAAACUUUCAACCAUGCCAACGGUCUUACCCUGGUCUCCCGAGCCCAUCAGCUUGUUAUGGAGGGAUACAACUGGUGUCAUGAUAGGAAUGUUGUCACCAUCUUUAGUGCACCAAACUACUGCUAUCGCUGUGGCAACCAGGCUGCCAUCAUGGAACUGGAUGAUACUCUUAAAUAUUCCUUCCUUCAGUUUGAUCCUGCACCUCGGCGUGGAGAACCUCAUGUUACCCGCCGCACCCCUGAUUAUUUCUUAUAAACACACGCGCGUGUGUGCGCUGGCCUGACGUAGGAAAAACAACCUCUAAAGCAAACGACAAAUACGGCAGAUCCCUACAUAUAUACAUGUAUUCAUCCCACCGCGUGUGUGUAUAUAUUUGGGGAUGUUACGACAUGACAUGAAAGCACUAACAUGGACCAAAAUGUGCCAUACAAGCAUUUUAUGCAGAAAUACAAAAUUGCCCUGUGUCUCAUUACUGCUACACAGUGUCCCGUUUUAGCCGUUAGUGCAAUUGCCUGCUGUAUACUAUGAAUAGUAAUGUUCUCUUUGUUCUUGAAAUGUACCUGACUCUGAGCAAAAAAAAAAAAAAA